AACACGGAUAUUUUCAUGUCCGCAGCCUUUGGAGAGUUUAAGGUUUCCGUCAGUCAACUUAUCAGGCUUGAUUCACUGCUACAGUUAUUUCCCCUUCAAAUUUUCUAUAAUUAAGUAAUAGCGAGUGGUUAACUUAUGUAUUGAGAUUCUUCUACUCUGUCCUGCUAGUGAAUUUAGACUGAAAAAGAAAAAAAAUGAAGUUGGUACCAAGAGAAAUAGAGAAAUUGAUGCUCCAUAACGCUGGAUUUCUGGCUCAAAAGCGUCUUGCCCGUGCCCUACCUCUUAAUUAUACUGAAGCCGUUGCUCUUAUUGCAACUCAGGUAUUAGAAUUUGUCCGUGAUGGAGAUAAGAGUGUGGCCGAGCUGAUGGACGUAGGGAGACAAUUACUGGGAAGGAGACAAGUUCUUCCAACUGUUCCUCAUAUCUUGGAUACUGUUCAGGUAGAGGGGACCUUUCCGGAUGGAACAAAACUAAUCACCAUCCAUGAUCCUAUAGCAUGUGAAAAUGGAAAUCUGGAUCUUGCUCUGCACGGUUCUUUCCUUCCUGUUCCUCCUCUGGACAAGUUUCCGGUGAUAGAAGAUAGUAAAAUUCCUGGUCAGUUGUGCUUUGGAGGUGGGCUGAUUGUCCUUAAUCCACACAGGAAGGCGGUAAUUCUGAAAGUCACUAACACGGGUGACAGACCAAUUCAGGUGACUGUAAGCUGGUUGGGAGCCACUAUCACUUCAUCGAGGUCAAUCCAUCCUUGAUUUUUGAUCGAAGGAGAGCGCAUUGCAUGCGGUUAAAUAUACCUGCCGGCACAGCUACGAGGUUUGAAGUAAGA